AACUCUUUGCUUCAUAACUCGUUGUUGUCCUAUACAAUCCCACCAGGAAGGCCUAAUCGCCGGACCCUUCCCUCGUUCUAGCUACCUGAAGUUAUUCGUAUCCACACAUUGGCGCAAGAUCGCCAUGUCGUAUUUCAACAAUCUGACCGACGAUUUCUCCCGCUUCGGGUUCGCGCCCGAUCGCAAGGACGAGAGAACACGCGACGGAAACUAUCCGCCGCCUCAGCAAUACGGCGGCGGCGGCCCGAACCCGCAGGCCUACGAAGGGUACUCGGCGCCAGCGCCCGCUCCAAGCCAGCGGCCCCGCCCGCACUACCAACCACCCCCUGACAAGCCCCCCAUCCCGACCGGCUGGGUACCGGAGUGGGACGAGCGAUACCAGCACUGGUAUUACGUCGACCAGGCCACGGGCAACUCGCAAUGGGAAGCGCCUGGUUAUGACCACUCCCGGAGCAUCGGCAAUGACGUACACGGUGCCAGCCAAAACCCUGGCUAUAGCUCCAGCGGGGCGGCUCAUCCGAUUCCCGGAGCCGGGUACAGUUCCAUUUCGGGCGACCAUGGAAAGAACAAGACCAAGGGUCCCGGCGGCUUCCUCAAGGGCGCCGCAGGUGGCCUGGCUAUCGAUGCCGUCGGCAAAGCGUUCAAGUCGCAUGAACAGGGCGGCUCCGGAGGCUCUCAUGGCUCCCGUUCACACUCUUCCGGCUCUUCAGACUCGGAUUCGGACUCGGAUCAUGGUGGACACCGCCGCGGCGCGCCAGUCAUCGCACCCGUGCCGGCCGAGUACCAGACAGAGUAUUACCAAAGUCCGCCGCCGCGAGACGAAGAUAUCGAUAGCAGCGACCGGGAGUCACUGCAAGAGGCCCGGGAGGAGUAUCAGGAGGCAUUAGACGAUGCAGCCUCGUCAUCUAGCAGUGAUCGUGAAGAGGUUGAGGAAGCACGGGAAGAGUAUGAGGAAGAGUACGAAGAAGCAUACGACGAAUAAUCUACCUCUUUAGUCUUUUUUUCGGGGAUGCAUGUUGGCUGUUUGGGUGGAGAGAUAGAUGCCUUUGUCUUAGUUCGUUGGCUGGGGUUUCAGCAGUUGAUCAAUACCUAUAUGAACAAGAAAUUGGACUACCUAGGUUGCACAAGCGAAAGCCCACCUGGCCAACUAAUACUAGAGGGAUGAUGGCAUUCGAUUCCGUCGUGUUC